AUGUUAAAAGCACGGGCGAAACCGCCCGGCAAAAAGCGGGAAGCGUUAAAUGCACGGGCGAAACCGCCCGGCAAAAAAGGAAAAAGGGGGCGCUGGCAGCCAGCCGGGCACGGACCCCCCGGGAAUAUGCCGGCGAGCUACCGAUAUCGCGGCCAAAGCAUAAUAGCGAAGCUAAAAAAUAAAAUAAAGCUUAAAUUGCACGAAAGCGCUUGGAACGCGAAAAAUUUAAAAAACCAACCCCGGGUGCCCAAAAGGGUUUUACGUAAAAUAAAGUUACUUUUAAGCUUUCCAUGCUUAAAAAAUCGGCAAUUUGGCAAAAUAUUGCUUAUUAUAUUAACAAUUACGAAUUUAUUUUCGAAAACGAAAAAGGACGUUACGCAAUUAAAAAGCUUGCGGGGGAUACCGCUAUUAAAUAAAAGGAUUAUAAAUCGUUUAAAGCGUUCCGGAUUUGUUAGGAUUUGGUAA